CAGCCAUAAAUUACCCGACUAUCGGGAGCGAUAUCGAUAAGAUUGCGAGCACCUGAGCUCUGAUUGUGUUUAUCAGCGAGAGUCAAUGAAAUUCGUUCGUGUGCACCGGAGCACGUUGGAAUCCCGUCGCGAUUCGCGGGAACGUCCAAGCUGCGCGGUCGGGAUGCGACGAUCGGUAUCUUAAGUCAUUGUUCCGCCGAGAAGUCCUUGUGUUUGCCCGCCCGCGCGAUGCACCGUCCUGUUAUUUUUUCGCACGUCACGCUUCUGUUAUCAGUUCGCUAUCUACAUAGAAUUUCUGAGUCACUUUGCGCAAACGGGCUCUACUUGUACAUUGUCCCGGGUCGUCGCAUUAACGUUUGUAUUGCGAGCCGCUCGGCCGACCGUGACAUACAAGCAUCAACGCCGCAUUAUCUAUAUUCGAAUAAUGUUGAACAGUAUAGCAAAACACAUUUUACACUGCUGCCUGUUGCUCGUGGUCAUACUCGUAUUCGAAUUCGUAUCUGGUGGGCUUCGAUGGAACACCGACAAGAAAGAAGAGAUUGACCCAUGGCAACGAUACGGAUUCUUAGGCACAAUCACUUUAUACCUGCUGCGCACAGUGACGUUUCUCUCUUUGCCACAAGUCUUAUUCAACUUCAUAGGAUUAACAUUAUAUAAUGCAUUCCCUGACAAAGUAGUCCUGAAGGGCUCGCCGCUGCUCGCGCCGUUUGUCUGCAUAAGGAUAGUCACGCGCGGUGAUUAUCCGCAAUUAGUGAAAGCAAACGUGAAGAGGAACUUGAACAAAUGCAUAGAAGCUGGCCUCGAGAACUUCCAGAUCGAGGUGGUGAGCGACAAGCCGGUGGGCUUGACUCCUCACCGUAGAGUGCGGGAGGUUGUUGUUCCUCCGAAUUAUCGCACAAGUAGCGGUGCCUUAUUUAAGGCUCGUGCUUUGCAAUACUGCCUUGAGAGCUCGGUGAACGAAUUAGCCGAUCAUGACUGGAUCGUCCAUCUCGACGAAGAGACCUUGAUGACUGAGAAUUCUGUUCGCGGCAUAUUGAACUUCAUAUUAGAUGGCAAACAUCAGUUCGGCCAGGGAUUGAUCACUUACGCCAACGAAGAUGUCGUCAAUUGGAUCACCACGUUGGCCGACAGCUUCAGAGUAGCGGACGAUAUGGGCAAAUUGAGACUACAAUUCACCAUGUUUCAUAAGCCAUUCUUCAGUAUGAAGGGAUCUUAUGUUGUGACACAGAUGGGAGCAGAAAAACAAGUUUCAUUCAACAACGGAUUGGACGGAUCCGUCGCGGAAGAUUGCUUCUUCGCGAUGAAGGCGUUUUCCCAAGGGUACACGUUCAACUUCGUCGACGGCGAGAUGUGGGAGAAAUCGCCGUUCAGUCUGUGGGACUUCGUGCAGCAGAGGAAAAGAUGGCUACAAGGUAUUCUACUCGUCGUGCAUUCCAAAGCGAUUCCACUGAGAAACAAAUUGUUACUGGGCGUCUCGUGUUAUUCGUGGGUGACGAUGCCGCUCUCGACUUCCAACAUCGUUUUAGCCGGACUGUGUCCGAUCAAUUGCCCGCCGCUAAUCGAUUUUCUGUGCGCAUUCAUUGGCGCGGUAAACAUCUACAUGUAUGUGUUCGGAGUCGUUAAGUCAUUCUCCCUGUAUCGUUUCGGCGUGGCUCGAUUUAUGCUAUGCAUAUGCGGCGCGCUGUCCACUAUUCCAUUCAAUAUAAUUAUCGAGAACGUCGCGGUGAUAUGGGGCUUGUUCGGCAAGAAACACAAGUUCUACGUCGUUAACAAGGAGUACAGGCCACCGGUGACCGUAUGAUGCGACGUUAAUUUAGAACCCCCGUCUGAACUGACACUCAACAGCUAUGUAAAAUUUCCAUUGUGCAUGCGCAUUAUUAGUACCUGUACAUCUAUAUGAGAACAUACGCUCACACACAUAUACACACACACAUUAUAAAAAAACGAAAUAUUUAUAAUUAGUAUUACCCAGUUAUGCUAUUGUUAGUUUGUUAGGUAGAAAAAUCGAUCAAUCAAUUUCAGUACAGGAAUUGAAAAGUAUAUGUCUCUAUGCAGCAAUAGGUAUAUAUAUAUAGGUGCAGUAUUAAAAGUAUACUUUAUAUUUUGGCAUUAUAAAACAUUGCCAAAAAUCUGUUGAAAAGUAUUCAUCUCUGUCACAGACAUAUAUAUUUAUGCCAAUCAUACUCUCAUAGUGCAAAGUCAUACAUGUUAUAAUCUUUCCUUUGAUCUCAUGCAAACGUGUUUAGCGUUCAUUAAGUUAGCAUCCGUAUCGUUUCACGUGUUCCUCCCCUCACAUUAAACUCGCGUACUUCUCUUACAUUCUUUUUGUUACCAUCAACAUAAUUGGUUCUCGUCGUGUUCAAAAGUAUCUUUUGUUUCUGCCAUAUUCCGUAUUUUUACUUUGUUUUGUCUCUUUUUUUUUCCUUUUUAAUAUUGUCCCAUGAAAUGUUAUGAAUAAUUAAUAACAAUCCUAUCUAAAAUAUCUAUAUUUUACUUAAUAGCAAUAAGUCCUUUAUACACAUCAUUAAAAUUCGGACUACUGUGAUAAAUCUUGCUUUCCUAUAUAAUGAUAGCUUUUUUAUAUUUUAGAAAAAUAUACUUUUCUUUUUAAUCGUAAUGUUGAUGCAAAUUUGAAAAAUAGUAAUAUGAGCCAGAAAAUGUUCAUUAAUCGUUUGAUUUCACACCAUUCUCUUAAGUGAUGUAACAAAGCAUGAUCGUAUGGCGUAUAUUUAUGAAACAGUACUUAAUAAGAUCAAUUGUUUGAUGAGAUAUAAAAAUUUUUAAAGAGAUGUGAAAAUAUGUAGUGACGCGUUUUUCAUGAUAAAAUUGAAAAGUCGCUUAUGUCAUACCAUUAUCUCAAUUAGUAAUUU